AUGGCGACCGGGCUAGAAAACGUGGACCUCGCGGCGAGAGAUUCUCAAGAUGAUGCUUUCAGUGAUGAUUCUGGGUAUGACGAAGGCUAUCUAUCCACCGAAUCAGUCGCUUCAAGUAUCUUUCAGUACGAAGAGGAGAAUGGAAGGACUUAUCACGCUUUCCGGAGGGGGAAGUAUGUCAUUCCCAACGACGACCGAGAGCAGCAGCGGAUGGAUAUCCACUACCACAGCAUCCGCUUGACCUUGGAGGAGAAGCAUUAUAUCGCCCCUAUUCGGCGGCCUCGCAUGAUUCUGGACGUUGGCACCGGGACUGGUAUCUGGGCGAUUGAUAUUGCGGACGACAAUCCGCAUUCUCAGGUGAUUGGGACCGAUCUCUCGCCGAUUCAACCCACUGCUGUGCCUCCCAAUCUUGAGUUUCAGGUCAUGGAUGCUGAUGAGACUUGGACGUUCAAUCAGCAGUUUGAUCUGGUGCAUACUCGACUUAUGAAUGGCUUCUCCAUCAAAUCUUGGGAUUUCUUCUAUGAGCAGGCGUUCAAGGUUAUGCAGCCGGGUGGGUGGGUUGAGAAUCAGGAGUUUGAUCUGAACUUCACCUCGGAUGAUGGCUCGAUGCCGGCUGAUGGUGCUGUUCAGCGGUGGCAGAAACUGUGGGAGCAAGGGAUCAACAAUUUCGGCUUGACAGGUCGAUGUCGUCCUGAAGUCAUGAAGGAGAAGAUGGAAGCGGCUGGAUUCGUCAACACAGCCAUUCGAUCCUACAAAAUCCCCGUGGGCCCCUGGCCGAAGGACAAACGGUUACGGCAAGCUGGUCUCCUAUUCUUGGUCGGCUUGCUGGAUGGGAUCAGUGGACUCAGCGUGAGGACUUUUACGCAGGGCCUUGGGUGGAAUGUGGAGGAGUUGGAGGUUUUGUUGAUGGAGAUACGGACGGAGUGGAAACAAAAGAGGAUACACACCUAUCUGCCCCUGUAA